AUGCUUGAACAAAAGGUAGUGACUUUUGAGCCCGGCGACGGCUUCAGCAUCGUCGGCGCUGAGAUCUUUGUCGACGAGCAAGACUACGAGGGCGUCCAUAUUGCGGCAAACAACCUCUCGCAGGACUUUACCAAGGUCACCGGACAGCGCUGCAAUCCAAUUGUCAAGACUCGCCCUUCGGCUCCGCCGGCUCGAUCAUGUAUCGUCAUCGGCUCUCUCACUAAAUCGCCCUUGAUCCAGCAGCUAAAGGAGCAAGGCAAGAUUGACCCCAGCCAAAUCGAAGGUAAAUGGGAAUCUUGGAUCACAACGGUUGUACACGAGCCCUUUGAUGGCUAUGAUGACGCCCUGGUCAUUGCUGGGAGCGAUAAACGAGGAACCAUCUUUGGAACCUACUCCCUCUCGGAGCAAAUUGGCGUGUCACCAUGGCAUUGGUGGGCGGAUGUGCCCCCAAAGAAGCAGCAGCAAAUCUAUGCCUUGCCUGUAACCACAAGCAAUGGCGAGCCCAGUGUUAAAUAUCGUGGCAUCUUUAUUAAUGAUGAGUGCCCUGGCAUGGACAGCUGGGUACACGAAAAGUUCGGUCCCACAUUUGAUGCCAACCUGUAUCAUUACAUCUUUGAGCUUCUCUUGCGCCUCAAGGCUAAUUUCAUGUGGCCCGCAAUGUGGAGGGGAUAUCCAUAUCCGGGACGGUCGUUUUUCGUGGACGACCCCAAGAACCAGGAGCUCGCAGAUACUUACGGCAUCGUCAUGGGUACUUCUCAUCAUGAGCCGAUGCAGAGGGCCAUGAACGAGUGGUCUACUACUCAGCCAGGAGGCACCUGGAACUGGGAUACAAACAAAGAAAAGGUCACGCACUACUUUGAAGAGGGAGCUGAGAGAGCUGUGCCCUAUGAAUCCUACUUUACCAUGGGAAUGAGAGGCGAAGGCGAUGUACCAAUGACUGGAGGCGAUCCUGUAAAGAUCCUCACCGAAGUACUUGAUGUACAAAGAAAUAUCAUCAAGAAGAAUUACGGCAAGGAAGAUGGCGUUUUGCAGCUCAUGGCGCUCUACAAAGAAGUUCAGGGAUACUAUGAAAAGGGACUCGUGAUCCCCGACGACGUGACUCUCUUAUUUGGCGACGACAACUUUGGCAAUCUCCGUCGUCUCCCAACAGAGGAAGAGAACAAGAGGUCUGGAGGCUCGGGCUUCUACUAUCAUUUCCAAUACACAGGCUAUCCGCGCUGCUACAGGUGGAUCAACAGCAACACCCUCGGCAAGGCCCUUCAUCAGCUCCAAUUAGCCCAUCACCGAGGUGCCGAUCGUAUCUGGAUCUUCAAUGUCGGAGACUUGAAGCCUGUUGAGGUUCCCAUGAGCUUUGCUUUUGACCUGGCUUGGGAUAUUAAUUCCAUCACGGCAACCACUCUGCCACAAUAUUUUGAGCAUCUUGCUACUCGAGAGUUUGGUGAACAGUACGCCGGUCGGAUUGCAAAGUCCUGGUAUGACUUCAACAAGCUGGUGGCGAUUCGAAAGCAGGAUCACAUUGAUGCAUCUACUUUUGUCAUCCAGAAAUACCAUGAAUCGGACAACAUCAUUGCGCGAUGGCGACAGCUCUUGGGAGAAACCGAAGCCAUAUACUCGCACAUUGACGAAGAGCACAAAUCUGCCUUUUUCCAGCUCGUACUUCAUCCUGUCAAGGCUACUUACAUAUUCACACAAGUGCGCGUGGCCCAAUACACGAAUCAGCUCUUUGCCAAGCAGCGCCGAAACACGACUAACACUAUGCUGAAAAAGUGUAUCGAACUUUUGGAUGCCGAUCAUGAUUUGUUCGAAGAGUACAAUUCCAUUUCAGAUGGUAAAUGGGAUCUUAUGCUUCGCCAGCCUCACUAUGGCUACGGUGAUACUGGUGCCGAGCCGUCGCGUAACAUGAUUGAUGGGCUUUGCUAUGUACAAACGAGAGAAGACUCGAACCCGAGUGUUGGUCAUAUGGGUAUCGCGGUAGAGGGUAUCGAAGGCAUCAAUCCCGGCCACAUCAACGAGGACUCGGACAGAACCCAUCCAUCCCGAGGCGGCCUCGAGCCUGGAGUAACUCUGCCUUUCAUCACACCUUAUGGAGAGCAGACCCGCUACUUUGAGGUAUUUCAUCGCGGGACAAAGGAGUUUUCCUGGGAGGCUCGACCACAGUACAAGUGGAUCAAGCUUUCUCAAUAUCAAGGGCAUCUGAACCCCCGAGACGACGACAUCAGGGUCAUCAUCACUAUUGACUGGUCAGAAGUACCCACUAAUUUUGACGGCAAAGUUAUUAUUGAAGUCAUUGGUACUCGUGAUGGUUACGAGCAAGUCCACAUGACUGUGCGGAACAGCCGCGUUCCCGCAGACUUUGAAGGGUUUGUUGAAGAGAGCGGCCACUUGGCUAUUGACGCCGGCAACGUAGUUACGGCACCAUACAUUCUGCAUCCUGCACUAGGUCGACCUAUUGCUGGAGCUGUCACUCUGCCCCUUGAUUACGAUUUUAGCAAGCCAGAUGACAUUCCAUUCCUUCGAUAUCCGAUUUAUGUCUUCUCACAGCAUGACAAUACUAAUCUCGAGCUUCAGUUCAACAUUACUCUUGAGACUGAAAAGACGAGCAGAAUGCAGUACGACGUGCGCUUCGAUGGAGGACCCAUCAAAACAUUCCGUCUUACUGACGAUGAAGCGAACGCCGAUGACGUUCCUAGAGGCUGGGCCGGGGCUGUCAUGGACUGUGUCUGGAAGAAGGGGCACAACUUGGGUACGGUGAAGAAGGGCAGUCACACCAUUGAAGUGCGAUUCCGGAGCCAGAAUGUCUGUCUGGAGAAGUUGAUUCUUGAUCUUGGUGAUUUACGGUACACGUAUCUGGGGCCUCCGCAGAGUGCCUAUGUCAAGAAGGGAGAGAGUCAGGCUGUGAGUGUUAUUGGGCAAUUGGAUAGCUUGAAGAUUGAUUUGGGAUUUUAA